AUGAAUAAAUAUCCAUUUGGGUCGAGUAACCCCAAUAAAGCAUAUCACGCGUACUCAAGAGGUGGUGGUGAUUUCGAUUUAGAAUCAGGAGCUGCGGUUAGAAAAUCGAGAAAGCCGAGGAAUUCGUUUGCGAGAAUGAUCAAAUCUCUCGGGAAUCGUCUUCACCACUUCUUCAAGCUGCACCCGAUCCUCGUUUUCGUCGUCCUCCUCCUCUCGCUCGGGAUCACGGUUCUUAUAUUUACGUCGUCGAUAUACGAGAGCCAUGUUCGACCAACGGUCGUCGGUUAUAAGAAGACCGAUCUGGAUAACGAUGUUUACCCAUUUGCGAACCUGAGGAACCUCGUGAUGGUGGCUGGACAUUCUGUUUACACGAGCAGCAACUGCGGUAAACUCGAUAAGGAGGAUUCGUGGUUCUUGGAGUCUUAUCAGAAGCAUCCAGGUCAGGCUGCGACGUUCUUGAGCCAUAUACAAGAAGGUGUUGAAGCUGCAGCUAAAGAUGAUGGGUCUCUGCUUCUGUUCAGUGGUGGAGAGACUCGUAAAGACGCGGGGCCUCGCAGUGAAGCUCAGAGUUAUUGGGCUGUCGCUGAGUCUAAAGGGUGGUUCGGCAAGGACGAUGUAAGGUCGAGGGCAUUGACGGAAGAGCAUGCCAGAGACAGCUUUGAGAAUCUUCUCUUUAGCGUUUGUCGAUUCAGAGAGCUCACAGGCUCUUACCCACAGAACAUAACAGUGGUGAGUUAUGAUUUUAAAGAGGAGAGAUUUGCUCAUUUGCAUCGUUCAGCGAUGGGCUUUCCGGAAUCAAGAUUCUCCUACUUGGGAACUCCAGCUUCUCUUACAUCUAAAGAAGACGCUUUGAAAGGCGAGGCUAUGGUUAGAGCUCAGUUUCAAGAAGACCCAUACGGAUGUGUUGGUUCGCUUUGGCGUAAGAAGCUGAAGCGUGACCCUUUCCACAGGACUAUACCUUACCCUAAUGGUUGCCCUGAAAUUGGAGGAUUGUUCAGGUACUGUGGUUCAGCUCCUUUCCCUGGCUCUCUCCCUUGGGACUGA